UGCCUUUCUCCCCAUAUUUAAACUCUCUGGUUUACUCUGUCCCUUGCUGGUUUUUUCUGUUACACUGCUCCUGUCUCUGUGCUUUAUUGUGCUACUCAUGAGCUGUCAUUCUCCCAGGACUUGGAUUUACAGCAAACAUUGUGAGGAAAAUCUGUUCUUCGCAUGUCAGAGGUACACCACAGAGUACCCUUUCAUAAUGGAGAUGAUGACUUGGUCUCAGGCAGAGGAGUACUGCAACAAUGGCUAUAACGGUUUGGCAAGUUUUGCAAUGUCGCAGAUGAGUUUUUUCAGUAAGCAAAACUUUCCCAUCUGGAUCGGACUUCACAGAAAUGGUGGAUCAUGGAAGUGGAGCUUAGGUCUUGAGGAGGACAAACACUGGAAUUUAAGUAAUCCGAGUAAGGACACCACCUGCGUAACCAUCUCUUCAGAGGAAAAAGAGCUGGCUACCAAAAACUGCCAGACCCAGCUUCCCUUCCUCUGCACCAAGGACAACAUGGUCCUGGUAAAGGAAAAUAAGAGCUGGGAGGAGGUGUUUGAACACUGCCGAGGCCUCAGAUCUUCCUCAACCAGCAAGAUUCACUUCAAUCUGCUCAGCGUGAAGCCUGGAGAUGAACACACCUAUGUGAUGAACAAAGUCAAGGAGGCCGACACUGAAGAGAUCAUCAAACAAAUUUUAAUAUUGGACAAAGAGCAACGGUGUCUCUCAGUAGUUCUGGGGUUUGUCGGAUGAGUUGCUGAUGCGCUCUUAGUAGUUUUGGGAGAAUGGUUACUCCUGGGACAGUUCACCACACUUUCAUGCUAUACCCAUUUUAAAAUGGGCUUUGUGUUUUCUUUUGUCUGAGUUUAUAUUCUCGUUUUUGUAUUUUGAAUUAUUUUUGUAUUUUAUUUGGGUUUUUUUUUUUUUGGUACUUCUAGUUAUUCCAUAUUUUGUCAUCAGUCAAGUCUGUUUGGAUCCUUACUUUUAUUCCCCACUCAGCUGCCAUUCAUUCUGUUAAUUAUACUCACCUGGUUUCCAUGUCACUGAUCAACCCUGGAGUGCGUCGAUGGAGGAGGCAGCAAGUGGGAAGUCGAUUGAGAGCGAUAGAGAGCCAAAGUUGUUGCACCUGGGUUAUUGAGCCAUCCAGCCUCAUUUUGACUUUUUGGAUAAACUUGUGUUUGAAAGUCAGGGUAACAAGCGAGAGUUGGAAAGAAGCAGCUCAGAUAAAGAGAGAAUAGUUAGAAGGAAAAUACUGAAGGGGGAAUUUAAAAUAUUAAAAUUAAGGAAUGAGGAGGAACACAAUAACCUAAGCCCGAUAAUGAUUUCAAGACAAAUAAAAAAAAAAGAAAAUAGAUGUAGAAAUGGUGAAAGAAUUAAGAGACAGAAACUUGUUAGUGACAUGUAAAAAUGAAGUACAAAAAAAUGAAGGCUUUACAUGUAGAGAGCAUUAGGAAAAAAUGGUUGUAGAAAGAUCUUAUGAGAAAAUAAAUCAAUCUGGGUGUGAUUUUUGGUAUCCCUCUGGAUGAAGAUUUUGACAAAAUAAAAAGAAGCAUUACUGGUGCAAAUGUGA